AUGACCCAGAAGAAGAAGCGAAUGGGUUUCAGAGAUCGUAAGUUUAUUGCCUACGAGGACCGAAUUCGUGCUUACUCCACACCGGACAAAAUCUUCCGUUACUUUGCCACUCUGAAGUGUGUGGAUGACGAUGGGGAGACCAUAUUAAUGACGCCAGAUGAUUUUGUUCGUUCCAUCACUCCCGGAACAAAACAACCCGAAGGAUUGGAUCUGGACUCAUUCUUGCGCUACGAUCCAAAGUUUAUUGCCUACGAGGACCGAAUUCGUGCUUACUCCACACCGGACAAAAUCUUCCGUUACUUUGCCACUCUGAAGUGUGUGGAUGACGAUGGGGAGACCAUAUUAAUGACGCCAGAUGAUUUUGUUCGUUCCAUCACUCCCGGAACAAAACAACCCGAAGGAUUGGAUCUGGACUCAUUCUUGCGCUACGAUCCAAAGGUGACUCCUUUGAAUCUGGACAUUCCCAAGGAUUCCGUGUUCUACACCCUGUGUGACAAGGCAUUGAUCUCCUUCAGCGACUUUGUUUUCCUGCUCACGGUUUUGUCUACACCCCGACGACAGUUCGAAAUCGCUUUUCGAAUGUUCGAUUUGAACGGUGAUGGUGAGCUGGAUUCAGAGGAGUUUGAUGUCGUUCGUUCGGUUAUAAUGGAUACGACGGCGAUGGGACGACGUCAUCGAGACCAUUCGACCACGGGGAGCACACUUAAAAAGCGUUCCAACAGUGCAUUGCAACAGUAUUUCUUCGGUCCCGAAGGCGACCAAAAAUUAACUAUAAAAAAGUUCCUGGAUUUUCACGCCCAACUACAAGAAGAAAUCACUCGUUUAGAGUUUGAUCGCGCUUCGCCCGUGGAUGGAAAGAUUACCGAGGUUCAGUUCGCGAAUUUCCUGCUCACCUAUGCAGGGUUUUCUGAGCAGCGUCGGCGCAAAAUGAUCCGUAGUGUCAAGCAGAAGUUUUCCAAAUCGGAAGACACAGAAGGUAUCAGCUACCGGGAUUUCGCAGACUUCAACUUGCUUCUCCGUUCUAUCGCGGAUGUGGACACGGCUUUGACGUUCCACCAUAUGGCCGGGGUGCCCAUUGACCAGGCGACGCUGCAUCAUGUUGCGCUGACCGUAGCGAACAUCGAGCUUUCACCCCAUGUGGUAGAUGUGGUGUUCACACUGUUCGAUGAAAACAAUGAUGGUCAGCUCAGCUAUCGUGAAUUUGUUGGAGUGAUGCGACGUCGUCUUCUUCGUGGACUUGAUAAACCCAUGGACACUGGGUUUGUGCGAUUUGUCUCCGCUCUGUUCAAAUGCACAAAAGAACAAAUAUACUACCAUUCAGAAUGCCUGAUGUCCCCGCGUACCCGACAGGGGCGAGUGAGGCAACUCCAAUCCGUGGCCGAUGAACCCGGUUCAGCUGCUCCAUUAGUACUCGAGGACUACGAAGUGUUUGAAGUGGAGACAGCUGAAUUGACUAUUGAAGAAGUGGACGACUUCGCCUCAUCUCUUUUACUGAGUAACGACCCUCCUGGACCUGCUCCAAGUAGUCCGUCGAGCGAAAUUGGCUCAGCCAUUGCUCGAAACUCACAUACUCUUAUCCAUUCGCCCCACAGUUUGGCUACCACUUCUGUUGUGCUUGCUGCCCAGCAUGCCCAGGCCAUGGAGUACAAGUCACUUGCAGUUACUAAUGCAAGUCAGCCGACGGAUGAGUAUUGCAAGACGUCUAUCCCUGUAAUCCAAUGUAGUGGACAUCAGCAACAGACACUGUUGGCCGAUAAGAUUGAUCCUAGGCCGAGCGACUGGAUGUUAGAUUUACCCGUCCACUUACUGACAGUCAGGUCCAGUUUACCGCAGCCUUGUCCUCCCGUCGCCUGGCCUCAGUGUUUGCUUGCUUUCACCGACGCGCCUGCUUUUGUACGCGCUGUGACUUCUGAUCUCCGUCUUUAUGCCUCGCACAAACUUGGCGCGGGUUUUUCGGAAGAUCUUCAGGUGGCUUCAUGUGAUUCUACCUGCGACUGGACGAGUUGCCAAGUCGUUUGCUGUGAAGCGGAGGUGGAGAUACUGGAAUCAGGCCCCCAGUUCCGGUCGUCUGAUACUCCCUUAUCAGUUGGCUCGCUAUCGGACGAAGUCCGUCACUCGGACUGUGCACCAGUGCACACGGAAAAGGCUGUUCCCUUGCUGGUUUCUUCUCAACGUCUCUUCAUGCCUGAUCCAGUUGGCUUGCGCUUGCUUCCGUUUUCGGGCGUCCGUGCGGAGUUAUCAAACUGCGCAACGAUUGCAACAGCCAUCUAUGUCAUUUUGGCCGAGAAUCAAGCCAGUCUUGUACCACCUGAUUGCGAGGCAUCACCACCUUCGCAUGACUCAUCUGUAGAAUUUAUUGAUGAAGACCGGUCAUCCCCAAGUCCCACUGAUCCGGGGCUACUAGUCAUGCUCGUUGCCUUGGUCCCGACAGCUGCUUCUCGCCCGGAAGAGAUCGAUCCCAUGCGCAUCAACCAUCGACUAGAUCGUUCGCAUCUGUCCCGUGUGAUAAACUCUAAUCGCCAAACAAACUUUGUCACUUUGGUUGCCUUGGUCGAUAUUGUUCAGGUCGAUGAUUCAGACACUGGGACACCCACUCUGAAAGUAAUAAUUCACCAACGUCUCCAUCACUUUCCAGAAUUGGCAUUUCAUGUUCAGAGUACGGACUGAAAUUUUGCUAUUGAGGCGGCUUUAUUCACCAUCUUUUUAUGUUCACUCCUUAACCAUUUUAUUUUGACAAUCGGACUAUCGGAUUCGCACACUUUGCGUAUCCGUGCACUAUCCAUGACCACCCCAUAUUUGCUCUGGGUCUUUUUUGUUGCAUCCCUCUAUCAUGGUGACGAUAUUGCAUUUACUUUCUCUGCUGACUCGCCAUCUCUAGUCCUUUUACCCGUAUUGUUGUACUUUAUUUUUUCAUAACUUUCUUAUCCUGGUGUUUGAUCUCCUAAAUGGUGCGUGCAAUAAAUUAA